CCGAAACAUGUGUGAAAGCACAACGAGCCUUUGAAGAAGCAGGUCGCAUCAUCACAGAUACCAUCCUUUUUCGUCAACCCAUUCGCGUGAAUGCUACCUUGUUAUCAUUCUGUAAGGCCACUGGCGAGUGCGGUAAAAGUCUGAUGACGCUAGGUAUACUAUGGACCCAUUUUGUCAAAACUCUGAAACUCGCUUUAUUACUUACAAACCACGGAUUAGGUGGAUCGUCUACAACACGGUCGAUUCCUCUUCUGAGCGAUGAUGGUAUGUUGCGCAUGCAUCCACAAGCACUGGUGAAGCAAUUCGGUUUGAACAGACAUCCCACCUUUGCACCUUACGAUAUUCAAAGUUUGUUCAAUGCCGACGCUCCUUUCUGGUUUCAGGUAAAUUUUAUCGCUGAAAUUGACGGCAUGAAGCUGUUAUGUGAAGAUAGAUUUGAAAUAUUAACCAAUGCCAUAGGAUGACGGACGUGAUAUUGCUCAUAACGAAGCCGACUUUUUAUUUGUCAUCUUGGUAAAUACAUAUACUUACGAAUGGGCGGUGAUAAUGAUGCUAAAUUUAUGUUCCUCCCCCUUGAUUA